AUGCUGAGCCACCUGGAACAACAAAGCUGUUCUAGGUUGCUCUUUGUGGAUUGCAUUUUAGCAUUCAACACAAUAAUCCCGGAUAUUCUGAUCCCCAAAAUGAACAUGCUGAUCAAAGACUUUCUGUCCAACAGACCCCAGACUGUGAGAAUUGGUCCCCACUUUUCCACCUGGAUACUGAGCACAGGAGUUAAUUUAGGAAUUUAC